AUGUCCAACAACGAAUCCAGUGUAAGCUAUAAUAAUAGAAAAUAUCUAGAAGUGUACGGGUACUUGUCGAAAAAUGUCACGUGGGAGAUUCAAGAGGAUCGACGUGAAUUUCUUUAUCAACUCGAUGCCGUCAUCAAAAAUUGGAAAGGCCAACUUCCAAAUCUUCUAGACUUCUUCCGGAAAGAAGUGAUUUAUUGGCUUUUGAUGGAAUCCGCCACAGACGCAGAUGAAGACGCAAAUGAAGACGAAGAAGAAGACGAAGAUGAAGACGAAGAUGAAGACGCCAGCGAGACACCAGGGGAACGAUUCAUCGAUUUUGUGGCUCGCAGCGGCUACAAAGACGCGCCCGAAAUGGAUAAAGACGGAAAGCCUCUGUUGCGUCGCACCACAUUAGUCCAUCGUGCGUUUCGAAAUAAUCGCAGUUACUACUUAGUCUCUGAUCUCUUUAAAAUAUACGACAAAUUUGACGUAAAUUACAUGGACGAAGAUGGAUUAACACAUCUUCACGUGGCUUGCUGGUAUGGCCUCGACACCAUCGUCGAAAAAUUCCUUGAACUCGGGCAAGAUCCCAACGGCUUUUCUCAAGACAUGGGCGCGAGAUAUCCUGAUCCGCCGCUAUACCUGGCUCUAUCCAGAGGCCAUGAGACGGUAGCCGAAUUGCUGCUGAGAAGAGGCGCCGAUGUGCUUCGAGUCAGUGCGGACAGAACAACUCCUGUGCACAUGCUUGUCGAGAACGAUCACCAUGUUUCCUUCCUUCCGACAUUUUUCGAGAUUAAACAUCUGACGUUGGUCAACGCCAUGAACCAUGUUGACCUUUCACCGUUAGAUUGUGCUGUGGUGUUCAGGAGCAAGAAACUGAUGGAAUUGCUGUUAAGACACGGCGCGAAUCCAAAUUUGCGCAACAAAUAUGGAAAUGCUCCAUUGCAUACCAUUUGCAAGCUAUGCUGCUGCAUUGACUUGGGUGAGUUAUUGGAGAAAUUUUUCGCCAUCAACGACGAACUCGGUAACACAGUCCAGGUCAACGCUCAGAAUAAAUACGGUCUCACACCAUUGCACUUGCUUUUGGCUACGCUGAUUGAUAGCGAAACAAUCAUCGCACGCAAUAACACACUCCAAGAUUACAACUAUCGGGUUGACACACCAUCGCUCUUGGUUCUGCAGAAUAAAAAAAAAAAUGCAGUUGAACUGUUGCUGAGAAGGGGUGCCGACCCUAAUUUGGCUAGCAAGGAAUUAGGAGUUACCCCUCUGCACUUCAUAUGUACGGAUGACUUGGCGGAGAUGUUAUUUGAGAUCUGCGAUGAAAAACAUCAGAUAGUCAAGGUCGACGCUCGGGAUUAUGAGGGUUGGACACCAUUACACGAGGCAAUAGCUAAUGACAACAUAAACUUGGUAGAAAUUUUGCUAAGAAGAGGCGCUCGUCCGAAUAUAGUCGACAAGCAAGGAUCGACUCCUUUGCACUAUAGUUGCAAGAGAGACAUCAAUAACGAAAACAUGGCAAAGAUGAUAUUUCAGAUUUGCGAUGAAAAACAUCAGAUGGUCCAGGUCGACGCUCAGGACAAUGAGGGUCGGACACCGUUACACGAGGCAAUAGACAAAGGCAACAUAAAAUUGGUAGAAAUUUUGCUAAGAAGAGGCGCUCGCCUGAACUUAGCUGAUAAUAAGAAAAUUACUCCUUUGCACGCAAUAUGCAAGAGAAAAAAUGGCGACGAUGGCUUGCUGAAGAGAUUUUUCGAGAUCAACGACGAAUUAAAUCAGCUGGUGGAGGUCGACGCCAAGAACGAGGAGGGCUCGACGCCGCUACACUUGGCUCUAUCCCAUGGAUGCAAAAAAAUGAACCAAUUGCUGUUGCAAAGACACGCCGAUCCAAACUUGGCCAACGCAGAGGGUCAUACUCCUCUGCAUGUUAUAUGUCAGAGAGAAGAAGACGAUGUUGACUUGGUGAAGAUGUUAUUCGAGAUGAGUGACAAAUUGAAUAAGCCGAUCCAGAUCGACGCCCGGGACAAAUUCGGCUGCGCACCAUUGCACUUGGCUUUGAAUGGCGGCCACGAACAAAUAGCCGAAUGGCUGCUGAGAAGAGGAGCUGAUAUAAAUUUAGCCAACGUGAAAGGAUCGACACCGUUGCACAUGAUUAGCGCGGGAAAAAUGGACUACGCUGACUUUUUGCAGACGUUUUUCGAGAUCAGCGACGAGCAAAGGCGGCCGGUGAAGGUCGACGCACGCGACAAUGAAGGCAAAACGCCGCUCCACCAUGCUAUAAGUCACCGACACAAGAAGCUGUUUGAAUUACUGCUGAGAAGAGACGUCGAUCCGAAUGUGGCCGAUAACGAUGGUUCGACAGCUCUGCACACGAUUUGCAUGGCCGACGACGACAACGGCUGGGCGACGAUGUUGUUUGAAAUCAGCGAGGAAAGGAAUCGACAGGUGCAGAUCGAUGCUCGGGGCUUGUACAACUUAACACCACUACACCUUGCACUGGUAAAAAAAGAGCUCAGGGAGGUGGCAGAAUUGCUUCUGAGAAAGGGCGCCGCUACGAAUUUAGUCGAUUCGGAGGGCUCGACUCCUCUGCACACGGUUUGCAAGUACGCCGAUGACGAUGACCGCGUGAGGAUGUUGAUCGAGAUCAGCAACGAAGAAAAUAAGCCGGUGGAGGUCGACGCCCGGAAUAAGUUGGGCCGGACGCCGCUACACCGGGCCCUGGCCAAAGGAAACGGUCAGGGGGUCAGGUAUCUGCUGAAAUUAGGCGCCGACCCCAACUUGGCAGACAAGAAUGGAUUCUCGCCGUUGCAUGUCAUCAUCAAGCAUCGUUACGACGACGAUAAAUUGUUGAAGCUGUUCUUCGACGCCUGCAAAGAGGUCGAUCGGCCGGUGCAGGUCGAUGUCCAAGACAAGAACGGCCGAACGCCUUUACAAUGGGCCGUAGCGAAUCUGUACCUGAACGUGGUCGAUGUACUUCUGGAUCAAGGCGCCGAUCUGUCCAGCUUCGUUUUUCCCAGCAAGAGCUUUUUCGUCGAGAGAUUCGGAUCGAUAAGUGAGAUGGACGAACGUGAACGGCUUGGGUUCAGAUUAGCAUUAGCGUCUAAAAUUGUUGACGUAGUAGAGCGUCUCGAGGAAAGAGGAUAUGAAUUUAAUCGUAGCGAAGCCCUGGAUAUCAUGAGUUCGUUCGCCGAGUACGGAUUGUUUGAAAAGUCAGUGGACCUUGACGAAUAUUGUUACGACGACGAAGAAUUUGUGAGCAAAUCGAAAGAGAUAAUGGUGAUUCCUAGUCUGUCGCUUCACGACCUUAUCCGAUUGAGCCCGAAAGAGGCGGCAAAACAACUAAAACAUGAGAACUAUGUCGAGUUAGCGCGCUCGAACAAAUUGUCGGAUCUUCCCGAAGGCCACAGGGAGGUUUGUGCUCGGCAUCUGUGCGAAAAACUGUCCAGAGAAUUUUUUUGGCCUUGGGCACUGGAUGCGUUCUAUGAACUGCAACGCUACCAGCUACCGGUCAACUGCUGUGAAAUGAUCAUUAAAAACCUAAAGAACGAGGAUUUAUAUAAUAUUUGCUUGGCAUCCAUACUAGCACCGGCGAAAGCUCGUGAUUGCUCGCUAGUUUCGUUGUCAUAA